AAUCUUCAGUACAGUACCUGGUACAUGUACCAGGUACCAGACCACUGCAUGGUAAGGAAAGAAGAUCAAAAGAGUCCCCAACUUUGGGGAAGUGAGGAUAAAGUUGUUUCACUCUACUAGACUUAUAAUUAGUCUAGCUAGCGACUCGACUCGACUCGCUCUACAUAUAUCUCGCAAGCACGAAAACUCAAGGUGAACACAUGUAUGAUAAGGCAUUUUCCCCCGUAGAAAGAGUACCGUAAUACAGGGUCUGUGAGGCCUUCGUCAUUCUAGAAAUAUCAAUGGCACUUUCCAAAAUUCCGCUUCUCUUCCAGUGAUUGGGUCAUCGGAAUUUGUGUCGUGGCGGUAUCCAAUCAGAAACGUGGAGGGUGCUUUGAAUCAUCAUCAGCGGUGAUGAGACUUACUUGAGGCCUGCGAAAGCACUCUUCCUGAUUGCAUCACGGUGCAUCAGGCCAACCCCUUCUUUUGUUGAAGCACAGAGAGCAGAUUUGAUUGACGAAGUAGUGUUCCGUCAUAGUUUGCUGGGUAGCGAGAACGAACCAACCAUGGCGGCUGCGGAGCCCUUGCCGUCCCCGGAAGAAGUGCUAGUUGCGCUCUCGGCCAUGCUGGGAAUGCACUCCCUUAAGGAAGAGGACAUUAGUCAGUUGCAACAGAACUGCGCCCUGGAUUGGUCAUCCAUUCCAUGGGAACCAUGCUGUGCCACCAACGGAGGCUGCAAGCAUGAUGAUGAUAGCGAGCAGCAAGACGAAGACCACGAUGUCGAUUUCUCCUCGUUUCCUUCCUUGUCGAUGGUGCGUGAGCAGUUUGACGCGACCGUGGGAAACCGUCAAGACGUAGAAGCGCAUGUGUCGAACUUGUUGUCUCGUCCCAUUCUGGUGAGCAAUGCCACCAGUAGUUGUGAAACCCUGCUGGAAGGGGCGGACGACGUGACGAACGAAUUGGGAGAGUUUAUUGUCUCCAAAGUGUCGGAGGUUCCCACGCUGAUGCUGCAGAAUUUCUUCAACUCGUUCACCACACUCAUGAAUUCGAGGCUUCGCGCGUACGCCUCAUUCUUGGCGAGACAUGGACUGUCAUUGCUCGAAAACUCGCCCACGGGUGCUGCAGCGGCUGCUGAUAAGGUCGACGAAGGCAUUGUGGGAGUCGAACAGAAACUAGAAACAAUGCUGGAGAUUGGAAGGAGGGUGUCGACCAAUUCGGUCGCCACAUCCUUCCGGGCCAACAAGGAACAAGCCAAGAGUAUUGUGGACGAAACCGGAACUCUUCAGCUUUCCAUGCCUCUGGUUAUGGACGCUUCCAUUGACAUUUCGCUCCCCAGGCCUUCUGGUGGUCACCAUGAGCUUGUCACGGUCUCGUUCCGGGCCAAUGGCAACAUUACGGGUGUCUUUGCCAAGUCUACAAAAGGAACGACCCAGCUCAGGGCUGUGCAAGUCGAUUUGGACAUGAAGGAACUCUUGCGCUCCAUGAUUGCAGAGGCGUCCAGUGUCAUUUCGAGCAUUGUGGACAUGACCAUUGCCAUUUACUCGAACUCAUUGCUCGCCGGUUUUGACGAGCUGAAGGACCUCAAGGACGCACCCCGUUCGCCCGUGCCGGAAGAUUCUUCGCGAAAGCGAAAGGCUGCAGUAGUGGAGCCCGACCCUUCGCCAGUGGUCCAGAUGCCCACGUGGGAAGCCAUGGAUGAAAGCAGCUCGAGUCUUUCCCCGGAGAACCUGGUGGAUUACAUCCUUCAUGAAACCGACGACAGUGUGCUGAGCCCUCCUAGUCAAAAGAAGAAGGCCAAGGUGGUAUCGCACAAGCUGCCUGCCGUCCCGGAAGUGACACAGUGAACAAGCGCAUGACGUUUUAAGCAAAAGAGGAACCCAGCACGGAAGGAUGCGGGUGCCUAAACGAACCGAUCGGUAAAGCGAUUCGACAUCAAGCAAGCACGUCGAACUGCAGUCAAGAAGGGGGUAUGAUUUCGACAUCAAGAAAGCACGUCGAUCAACAGCCAAGGGGGUACGAUUUCAUGCUUGUAGUAACAACAACCGCAUGAAGAGAGGGGCCAUGAUAUACAAGAGCGGCACCUCAGUAAAAAGAUGAUGAAGCAGUCAACAAUCUACUCGUCCACGGCCGAAUCAAUUGCGUGAAUCAAUAAAAAAAGCAGCCAGACAACACUGAACUACAACGCUGGAAGAUUAAAACACGCAUGCAAACUCAAAAAAGUGAGGGUAUGUCUACCAGCACCAUGGAGGAAACCUUUCCAAAUCCGGCUAAGUACUUGUCAAGAAAUUUCAAAACUAGAGCCACCAUGAUAGCAUACCAUACAGUGACAACCAAACAUAAACCAAUCUUAAGAGUUCUUUAUAGCACCAUUUCUGUGCAAGUGGUCGCCUGAACUUCAACCAUCCUUGCAUUUCGUCUUGAAACAUAGAGCCAGCCAGCCAGCCAGCUAAAAAGGAGCAUCACAAUCGAAUGAUCAGCGAGCGAGAAGCAAGAAAAAGCCACUGGGUAGUCGAUUUGACUGAGGGAGAAAAAACACAGGCUUGAGGAUCUGAAUACAUGUACUCUAGUAUUUGCUUCCAAGAGGCUUCCCCGCUCACGUUGCGGGCCAGUGCUCCCGAUGCUCUCUAGCUAGCUAGACUAGGAGCUGGCCAUGGAGUGGCCAUACCGUCCAUGGAGUGGCCAUCGCCAUGUCAGCUGCUCUCCGAGUGAUAAUUCUUGUAUCUUCACCUUCAAGCUGUCUCCUCCCGGU